UUUAGGGAAGUGCUGCCUCCGCCGGCUCUGGUCGGUGUCUGUACCGCCAGCUGGGCGCCGAGGUACCCUGCAGCGGUGGCGUCGCUGAGCGGGACGGUGAUCGCGGCGCGGGGCCUGGGCCGAGCGGAGGCUGCCCCUUACCCGCGCCGCUUUCUGAUCCUGCCUUCCGCGCGUCGCUAACGGAGUAGGAAGGUGGGCCGCCGGGCCUAGGGCGCGGCCUGUGCGGCACCCUCUGCUCAGCCUAAGAAUUGGCGUUGUGCUACCAGCCUCCAGCCCUUCCCCGGUCUUGGGAGGCCUCUACGCCUUAUGUGAAGAUGAAGGGGAGCUCCUUGGUUCAACAGACUAUUUAAGGAACAGGACUGCUUUGUACACUGAUUGUUUAUUACCUUCCAGUAACUGGGUCAGAAGAUGAACCCAACUAACCCUUUCAGUGGGCAGCAGCCUAGUGCUUUUUCAACAGCUUCCAGUAGUUCGAUAGGAGCGUUUCAGGCUAAGCAGCCAUUUCGAUUUGGUCAGCCUUCUCUAUUUGGACAAAACAAUACAUUAUCUGGGAAAAGCUCAGGAUUUGCACAGGUAUCUAGUUUUCCAGCGUCUUCUGGAGUAGGUAGUUCUUCAGCGCCAACAUUAGGAUUCUCUCAAACCUCAAAUGUUGGACUCUUCUCUGGACUUGAACAGACUCCAGCCUUUGUAGCUACCUCUGGGCCUUCAAGUUCAUGUGUGCCGGGAAACUCAGGAUUUACUUUUAAAUCACCCAGCCUUGGGACUUUCCCAAGUACUUCUACUUUUCGAUCAGAAACUGGGGAUGUAGCAAGUUCUGGUUUUGGGAAAACAGAAUUCAUCUUUAAACCUCUGGAAAGUUCAGUGUUCAGACCAAUACUGGGAGCUGAAUCUGAGCCAGAGAAAACUCAAAGCCAGAUUACUUCUGGGUUUUUCACAUUUUCCCAACCAGUUAGUAGUGGAUCUGGGGGACUGGCCCCAUUUCCUUUUAAUCAAGUGACAAGUUCAGCUACUAAAUCAAAUUUUACCUUUUCGAAACCGGUUGAUAGUAGUAGUUCAGCAUCACCCUUUACACCUGCUUUGUCAACCCAAAAUGUGGAGGAAGAGAACAGAGGCACUAAGUCACUAUUUGGAAGUAUUAAUAGUAGCUUCACUAGCUUCCCCACAUCUUCUUCAGGAUCUUUGGGGGAACCUUUCCCAGUUAACAAAACAGGUGUCAGACAAGGAUGUGAAGAAGCUGUUUCCCAGGUGGAGCCUCUGCCCAGCCUCAUGAAAGGGCUGAAACGGAAGGAGGAUCAGGACCGCUCCCCGAGGAGACAUGGCCACGAUGUAGUGGAGGACUUGGACCCUCUCUCUAGGGGUGAUCAUCCUCCUGAUAAACGGCCUGUCCGCUUGAAUCGGCCUCGGGCAGGCACUCUGUUUGGUCGGACAAUACAGGAUGUCUUCAAAAGCAAUAAAGAAGUUGGUCGUCUGGGCAACAAGGAAUCUAGAAAGGAAAUUGGUUGUGCUGAGUCUGGGGAAAGUGACCACAUGGCCAUCCCAGGAGGGAGUCAGUCUGUUCUGGCACCUUCCCGGCUUACCGGUGUGAGUAAAGAGGAAGAAACUGAAAAUAGAGAUAAAAAGGAAGAUUUUCUAAGAGGAACUCCUGGGCGGCAGAGUAAAAGAAGUGAGAGCACAGACCGCCUUGGGGGCUUCUCUCCAUCUGAAGUCACAGCGAUCCAGUUGAAGAACAUUCCCGACUAUCUCAACAACAGGACCUUUCUGGAGAACUAUUUUGGCAAAAUUGCUAAAGUGCAGCGCCUCUACACCAGGCGCAACAAAAAGCUUGCUGUGGUGUAUUUCCAUGAUCACGCUUCUGCAGCCCUGGCCAGGAAGAAGGGGAAAAAUUUGCAUGAUGACGUGGCUAUCUUUUGGCACAAGAAGAAAACAAGUCCCAACAAGAAAACUUUUUCCCACAAGGAGAAGAAACCAGGGGAGGGUGAAGCUGGCCAGAGCACAGAGGACACGCCUUUUCAGCACUCCCCUCUUAGCAAGCCCAUGGGGAGGGCUGCGGCCAGCAGUCUCCUGAAUAAAAGCUCUCCGGUGAAGAAGCCGGGGCUUCUGAAGGCCCACCCGUUUGAGGGAGACUCUUUUGACUCAGGCUCUGAGGGCUCUGAGAGUCCCGGGUCGUGUGUGUCCUCCCUCAGUGCGCUCAUAGGCACUGUGGCCGAGACGUCUGAGGAGAAGUACCGCUUGCUGGACCAGCGGGACAGAGUCAUGCGGCAAGCUCGGGUGAAGAGAACCGACCUGGACAAAGCGAGGACUUUUGUUGGGACGUGCCCUGACAUGUGUCCCGAGAAAGAGCGGUACAUGCGGGAGACACGGAGCCAGCUGAGUGUGUUCGAAGUGAUCCCAGGGACUGACCAGGUGGACCACGCAGCAGCGGUCAAGGAGUACAGCCGCUCCUCGGCUGACCAGGAGGAGCCCCUGCCCCACGAGCUGCGGCCCUCGGCAGUCCUCAGCAGGACCAUGGACUACCUGGUGACCCAGAUCAUGGACCAGAAGGAUGGCAGCCUGCGGGACUGGUAUGACUUCCUGUGGAACCGCACGCGGGGCAUACGGAAGGACAUCACCCAGCAGCACCUGUGUGAUCCCGUGACCGUGUCCCUGAUUGAGAAGUGUGCCCGGCUUCACAUCCACUGUGCUCACUUCAUGUGUGAGGAGCCUAUGUCCUCCUUCGAUGCCAAGAUCAACAAUGAGAAUAUGACCAAGUGCCUUCAGAGCCUGAAGGAGAUGUACCAGGACCUGAGGAACAAGGGCGUGUUCUGCGCCAGCGAAGCGGAGUUCCAGGGCUACAACGUGCUGCUCAACCUCAACAAGGGAGACAUCCUGAGAGAAGUACAACAGUUCCAUCCAGCUGUUAGAAACUCCUCUGAGGUGAAAUUUGCUGUUCAGGCUUUUGCUGCAUUAAACAGUAAUAAUUUUGUGAGAUUUUUCAAACUCGUCCGGUCAGCUUCUUACUUGAACGCUUGUCUUCUACAUUGCUACUUCAGUCAGAUCCGCAAGGAUGCUCUCCGGGCACUCAAUAUCGCGUACACCGUGAGCACACAGCGAUCCACCACCUUUCCCCUGGACGGCGUGGUACGCAUGCUGCUCUUCAGAGAUUGCGAAGAGGCCACAGACUUCCUCAACUACCACGGUCUCGCUGUGUCCGAUGGCUGUGUUGAGCUGAACCGGUCUUCGUUCUUGGAACCAGAGGGGCUAUUAAAGGCCAGGAAGUCGGUGUUUAUUACCAGGAAGCUGACGGUUUCAGUAGGGGAAAUCGUGAAUGGAGGGCCGUUGCCCGCCGUCCCUCGUCAUGUCCCUGUGUGCAGCUUCAACUCCCAGAACAAGUACGUCGGGGAUAGCCUGGCCGCAGAGCUGCCUGUGGGCAUUCAGAGACCUGGCUUGGACAUAGCAGGUGCAGGGAGAGGAGAGGAGUGUGGUACUGAGGUGGACACAGCCCUGCCUGCUCUCCUCCCGCAGCCUCUUCCCCUCCCGGUGCCCCUGCCAGCCUCUCUGCCUCACCACCCAGCACCAACCCCGAGUGUGGCAUCCAGCCUCUUCCUACCCCCCGUGCAGCCCCCUGUGCAGCCAGAGCUUCUUCCUGCAAAGCCGGAGCUUGUGUACUUGGACGCGGACCUGGCACAGGUGGUGGAUGAGCUCAUCCAGGAGGUUCUUCAGAGAGACUGUGAGGAGGUCGGUGCUGCCGGGGCGGCCUUCGCAGCCACAGCUCUGGGUGUUUCUAAUGCUGCUGUGGAGGAGUUGUUAACAGCUGAAACCACAGGCAUUUUGAGACACAUUGCAGUUGAAGAAAUGACUAAGGAAAAAGAGCGGAAGGAGGAGGAGAGGCGGCAGGCUGAAGAGGAGAGGUUGAAACAAGAGAGAGAACUGCUGUUAACUCAGAUGAGUCAGGGCCUGGCUGCAGAGCUGACAGAACUGGUGGUGAUGGAGUGUGUGAGGGACGCCUGCGCCCAGGAGCUGAAGAGUGCCGUGGAGACAGACCAGAGGGUCCGUAUGGCCCGCUGCUGUGAGGUCGUCUGCGCCCACUUGGUGGACUUGUUUCUUGGGGAGGAGAUUUUCCAGACUGCAAAGGAGACCCUCCAGGAACUUCAGUGCUACUGCAAGUACCUUCAGAGGUGGAGGGAAGCCGUGGUAGCCCGGAAGAAGCUGAGGCGCCAGAUGCGGGCCUUCCCUGCAGCGCCCUGCUGCGUGGACGUGAAUGAUCGGCUGACGGCGCUCGUGCCCAGUGCAGAGUGUCCCAUUGCUGAGGAGAACCUGGCCAAGGGCCUCCUGGACCUGGGCCACGCAGGGAAAGUGGGCAUCUCCUGUACCAGGCUGCGGUGGCUCAGGAACAAGACUGCACACCAGCUGAAGGUCCAACACUUCUACCAGCAGCUGCUGAGUGAUGCGGUGUGGGCCCCCUUGGACCUGCCUUCCCUCGUGGCCGAGCACCUCCCUGGUGCAAGAGAGCACGUGUUUUGGAAGCUGGUGCUGGUGCUGCCCGACUUCGGAGAAGAGCAGUCCCCAGGGAGUCCUGGCAGAAUUCUAGCAGAUUGGUUAAAAGUCAAGUGCAUGGGUGGCGAUGACUCGCUCGACACAUCCCGUGAUGCUGGUGGGAUUCAGACACUUACGCUGUUUAACUCACCCAGCAGCAAAGGCAAUCAGAGAGUUUUUGUCAACGUGUGUGUAAAGGUAGCCCACGGUGCUCUCAGCGACGGUGCCCUCGAUGCUGCAGAGACACAGAAGGAGCUUCUCGGAGCCAGUGGGCUCAUGCUGCUGCUUGCCCCCAGAUUGAAAGGCGUGGACAUGGCAGAGGAGGACGUGUACUGGCUGUCCGCACUGUUGCAGCUCAAGCAGCUCCUGCAGGCCAAGCCUUUCCAGCCUGCGCUGCCACUGGUGGUCCUCGUGCCCAGCCUGGGAGGGGACACCAUGGAGAAGGAAGUGGAAGAUGGUCUGAUGCUACAGGACCUGGUUUCAGCUAAGCUGAUUUCGGAUUAUACUGUUAUUGAGAUUCCUGAUUCCAUUAAUGAUUUGCAAGGCACAAAUAAGGUUUCACAGGCCGUGCAGUGGCUGGUCUCCCGCUGCCCCUCUGCCCUUGACCUUUCCUGCCAGACCCUCAUUCAGUAUGUGGAAGAUGGGGUUAGCCGUGAGUUUAGCGGCCGGUUUUUCCAUGACAGAAGAGAGAGGCGGCUGGGAGGCCUGGCCUCUCAGGAGCCUGGUGCCAUCAUCGAGCUGUUCAACAGUGUGCUGUACUUCCUGGCUUCUGUGGUGUCCUCAGAGCAGCUCUGUGACCUGUCCUGGCCUGUCACUGAGUUUGCUGAGGCAGGGGGCAGCCAGCUGCUUCCUCACCUUCACUGGAAUGCCCCAGAGCACCUGGCCUGGCUGAAACAGGCUGUGUUGGGCUUUCAGCUUCCGCAGAUGGACCUUCCGCCCCCUGGGGCUCCCUGGCUCCCCGUGUGCUCCAUGGUCAUCCAGUAUACCUCCCAGAUCCCCAGCUCUCGUCAGACGCAGCCUGUCCUCCAGUCCCAGGUGGAGAACCUGCUCCAAAGAACAUACGGCAGGUGGAAGAGCAAGAGCCCCUCCUCUGGCUCGGGGGCCGGGCCUUCGGUUGCUGAGAUCCCCUGGGACGACGUCAUCGCCUUGUGCAUCAACCACAAGCUGAGGGACUGGACACCCCCCAGGCUCCCUGUCACAUCAGAGGCACUGAGUGAAGAUGGUCAGAUAUAUGUAUAUUUUUUUAAAAACCAUCUGAAAAUCUAUGAUGUUCCUUUGUCAUGGGAACAAGCCAGAAUGCAGACACAGAAGGAGCUCCAGCUGCAUCAGGGGUGUUUGGGAACAAAGUCUUCUCAUCCUUCUGCAAACAAGUAUGCCACUCCAUUACUUCAUGUGCGCCGAAAUGGGAAGAGGAAUGCAGAGCGCGGCCGAGAAGGGCAGGUUCCCAGCACAGAGGACCUGAUUCGCGGAGCCUCUGCCCAGGAGCUUCUGGUCCAGUGUCUGUCCAGCAGUCUGCUACUGGAGAAAGAGGAGAGCAAGAGGUUUGAAGAUCAGCUGCAGCAGUGGCUGUCUGAAGACUCAGGGGCAUUUAUGGAUUCCACUUCCUUUCCCCUGUACCUUCCCCAGACGCUGGUGUCUCUGCCUCAGACUAUCGAACCCGUGAUUAAAACAUCCACGACAACGAGUCCACCGAAUGAAAGGGCAGGGGACCAGCACUUGUCAGCGGCAACAGGCACAUCUCUGACUGAACGGCUGAAGCACCUGGAAAGGCUGAUCCGAAGUUCCAGGGAAGAGGAAGUUGCCUCUGAGCUCCAUCUCUCUGCACUGCUGGACAUGGUGGACAUUUGACCUGCGCACUUGAGAGUGGGAGGGUCUCUCCAGAAGAUUUUGUUUUUAUUCAAAAAUAAUCUUAUUCUCGAUGCUUGAUGCACUGUCGGAAAUGUGAUCAUUAAUCAUGCAAAUAAAACAUUGAAUGUCUAA